AUGCAGCGCCGGGCGACGACGGCUUACCGCCUCCCGGAGCGAGGCCUCUUCCGUUGGGGGACCGAGUACAUAGGAAACGAGGGUUUCGCCUGGGUCACGGUCGGGCUGCCGCGCGACGGUGUGCUCAAGAGCGGCUGGCUGGCGAAGCGCGGCGAGGUGAACACCGCGUGGAAGAAUCGCUACUUUGUCCUGUUCGCCGCCGACUCGGAGCGCCAGCUCCCAAAGGUGCUGCGCUACUACAAGAGCAAGAGCGCCUUCGACGCAAUGCAGAAUGCGGGGCACGUGCCCAUCGACGGAUCGGUCGAGGUCUCGAUGGGGUCGGCGCUCGACGCGGAUCGGCCACACAGCUUCGAGGUGACGGUGCCAAAGAAGCGGAGCUACGUGCUGGCCGCGCCCUCGGCCACCGAGGCGGGCGAGUGGGUGACUGCGCUCGGAGGCGGCGUGGAAGGCAGCCCGCGAUCGGUGUUGUCUGUCGCGUCUGGCCGCAUCUCCGACGCGCCCGCGAAGCUCGGCGAGACCGAGGCGGAGCUUGAGGAGGUGUUCUCGGGAUGGAUGCGGAAGCGCGGCCAAGGGAGCAGCCUGCUGGGCGGCAAGCUCAAGCAGCGCUACUUCGUGCUCUACUCGAACAAGGAGCUGCACUACUUUGACAGCGCCACGCCAAGCGACGCGUCGCGCCGCGGCCAGAUCCGGGUCGACGCGGCGGUGGAGAUGGAGCGGAGCAAGCCUCGCGACAAGAAGGACUUCUCGUUCGUGAUGAGGGUACCCGGGCGCGACUGGGUGCUCGACCCGGGAUCCGGCACGGCUUGGGCGGAGUGGGACGCUGCGCUGCGCCCGAUGCUGUCCCCUGCUGCGGCAGCCAUUGCCGCUGCAGCUGCGUCUGGCUAG